AUGCCGAGCGUAUCACGAAUAAUGGCCGAAGAAGACAUCUUCAAGAUGACGUACGAUAAACUUCGUAAAGAACUGAAGAAAAAACGCAUUUCCGCUGCCGGAAAGAAAUCUGAUUUGCAGUUUAGACUGGUGGAGGUAAGUACAAUUGAAUUUAUUUCUCAAUUGACACAAUCAAAACAUGAUGGUUUCGUUUUCAGUAUCUACAAAAUCAAAAGGAGGCAACCGACGAACAGGAGACCAUCGAAGAAUCAGAGGAGCCAGAGGAGCAACAAACUGCUGCCCAGGAUGAACCGAUGGAUACUGAAGAACAGGAAGAUCCGGUCAACCGUACAUUCACAGUUGAGGAGGAGAAUCAGGAUGAUCGGGCUACCAAAGCUCUCCGUAAGAGUCUGUUUGUCCGUUUCUGAUAAUCAAUUUACUUGCUUCAGAGGAAGGAACUCCGACUAAUCCAGUUAACUUGGUGUUGGACGAGGAUGUGAAUCGUGAGAUGUGCGCCAACCUUGGAAUUGAUUUGGCCAAUUUUGAGGUCAAAUCUCGUACCAGAGUGCAUCGAGCGUCGGCGAGAAAGUCUCUUCGCGAAACAGUUGCCUCUGAGCCACCGAAAGAAGAGGUUCCACAGCCCGAGGAAACACUCGAGACUCACGGUGUGACUCCAGUUCGUCAAAGCCAAAGAACGCCAACUCGAGGCGGUGAUCGGUUCGCUUUUAUACAUGCGAAGGAAAUGGAAAAGGAGGAAACUUUGGGAGAGCGUCGAGUAAGAAUGAAAAAGAGACACGAGGAUCUGACCGACAACGUUCCUGACGCCAUCAAAAGACUGGCCACUCCGAAGAGUGUGAAGAAACGAUCGCCGCUCGAAAGAUUUGGCGCCAGGUGAGACUAUCGAAGUGUUAACCUAUUUCUAGACGGACUUGUUACAGCUCUGCCGCUAGAACUUGGAAUCCAACGGAUCCAACUCAAAUGACUUUCCGAUUCGGAAGCAAUGCUGUCGACACUUUCUCCGAUCUGGCCAAUAAUCGAGAGGAGACCGGAGAAUGCUCUUCGUCGUCCACCGUCAAGAAGCCGGCAUCCAGGGCCAGAGCCCACGUUGACGUCAAGCAACUGACUAGGAUUCCGGGGUCGAGCCGCACACCAAGAAGCGUAAAACCAGUUACCCGAACUGAAGAUUCCACCUUUGUUGAGUACAUGUCCACUCCUAAGGGAACUACUCCCAGCCGAGGUAACACACUAACACAGAGUAUUGCAUGACUGCAAAAACAAUUUACUCAGUUUCAGCUCCAAAACGUGGCGGAUACACUCCGUUCGCCGGCAAGAAAGUGUUCGUCGACACGACGCAAUUGACUGAUCGCGAGUACACUCUGGCCAGCGAAGAAGGACUCAUUCCGGGCAAGCCGGCCACCAAAACCUCUGCUGAACUUCGUCAGAUGGAGAGCAAGAAGCGUCGCGAUGAUAUCAUCGCCCUCAAAAGAAAAAUGAACAUGAAAUAA